AAACAAGACAGCUUUACCGGUUGUUAAACAAAGACCCAUUGAAGUUUUCACAAAGAAACGUCUAAGGUCAAUUCUCCAAAAGCUCCACUAUCGUACAAUCACACGUAUGUGUUAAUUGUCGUAAGAUUGUUUUCAGCCGUCGAAUUAUUAUAUACUUUAAUCAAAGUGUCCAACGAAGACCCAAAAGGAAAGUCCCAUGAUUGAUUCCGUUGUUCCUUCCCGCAUUAAAUUUUGACUGACUCGAUUUCUUAAAUAACGAAAUAAGACGACUCUUCAUGCUCGAAUAUUAAAAAGAAGAGGGCAACAUAAGAGAUUCCGCGAAAUUUCUAUCCAUUUUCUUUCAAAAAAAUUAUUGUUUUCGUUUUCUUCUAUUUUGAGAUCUUCGAUAAUAAUUUUCACACAGAUCAAAAUCACAUCUAAUUCUUUCUUCUUCAUUUCCAAAUCAAAAUACAAACAUAAGGAAAACAGAGACGGUUGAAGAGCUAUGCUACACAGGAGCUUCAAGCCAGGGAAAUGCAAAACGGCUUUGAAGCUAGCGGUUUCGCGUAUAAAGUUAUUGAAAAAUAAGAGAGAUUCGCAGGUCAAGCACCUCAAGAGGGAAUUGGCUCAAUUGCUCGACUCCGGCCAGGACCAGACUGCCAGAAUUCGGGUGGAGCAUGUGGUUAGGGAAGAGAAGACAAUGGCAGCAUAUGAUCUCAUUGAGAUAUACUGUGAACUAAUUGUUGCACGUUUGCCGAUUAUCGAGUCGCAGAAAAAUUGUCCCAUUGACCUGAAGGAAGCAAUCUCGAGUGUAAUUUUUGCAUCUCCAAGGUGUGCUGAUAUACCUGAACUGAUGGAUGUCCGUAAACAUUUUACAGCAAAAUAUGGGAAAGAAUUUGUAUCUGCAGCAGUUGAAUUACGUCCAGACUGUGGUGUUAGCCGCUUGUUGGUGGAAAAACUAUCAGCCAAAGCACCUGAUGGUCCGACCAAAAUAAAAGUUCUUAGUGCAAUUGCUGAGGAACAUGAUGUUAAAUGGGAUCCUACAUCAUUUGGAGAGAAGGAAAUGAAGCCUCCUGAGGACUUGCUGAAUGGACCCAGUACCUUUCAACAGGUCAGUAAAAUGCAUGUGGAUCCUCCUAAUGUCCAGGAGCUGCACAAUAUUGUUGAGAAGGAACAUCCUAAUAUCAGAGCUCCUUCCAAACAAUAUGAAAAACCUGGUGCACCUGUUAACUCACAUGGCUCCAAUUCUAUAUCAUCAUCACAUUUCCAAAAUGUUUCUUCUACUGCUGCUGCAACUAAUAAGGCAAUUCAGUUUGAUUCUUCUCAUUAUGACCCGAGACCCCUAGGAACUGGAUCUGAAGAGAUGGAAUUUAGGCAUUCCCAUGCUGUGGAACAGAGUGGUUUCUCUGCAGGUAGGCAGAGUUGGAAUAUGGAAUUCAAGGAUGCCACAACUGCCGCACAGGCUGCUGCUGAAUCUGCAGAGCGAGCUAGCAUGGCUGCCAGGGCUGCUGCUGAACUUUCAAGCCAGGGAAGGAUGAGCAGGCAGCAUUCAACAGAAUCUAACAAGUCUUCUGCUUUCAGACCAAGAGAUGAAGGACUUCACAACUAUGCCAGUUCAAGAUUGCAAAGUGAACAUCUUGCCAAAGAUGCAGUAAAUAACACCUCUCAAAGAAGUUUUAAUUCUGGAAGGAGUCAUGAGCAGAGUGCUGAAAAUGAACAAAAUGACCUGGAAGGAUUGACUGAAAGGUUUUACAAUCUUAGGGCCUCUAAUAAAUCUAGCCAGCUGGCUUCCUCAAAAUCCAAUAAUAGUUCUGUGGAUAAUCAUCCACAGGUGAGUGAUUUCCAAAUUUCAGAUAGGCAUUCUAGAAAGGCCUCAUUUGAAUUAGGAAGAAGCGAUCUUUUAGGUGAAGAAUAUAUAGAGAGAGAGUCUAGUGAAUCUGAGAAAGAAUUUGUGAGUGAAGUGCAUGAUGAAAUGAGUUGUCAUCACGUUCAUGAUUUUGAAGAAUUGAGCAUAAGAAAUCAGUCUAGCAGUGUUCCCUCUCGUUCUUAUUCUAAAAUUUCCAGUGAUGACUACAAUGCUAGUUCCAGUUUCAGCCACCAGAAAAAUGAACCUUUUAUUUUUCAUGAGGGAGAAUUCCAGAGCAGUGCCAAAGAAACAAAUUCAUUUGACAAUGCUGCAGUGGUUUUUGAUGACUUUUAUUCAGACAAUGAUGAAUUUAAAUUUGAUGAGAAGGAUAAACAUUAUGGCCUAGAUUCUGGUUCGUAUUAUUCAUCAGAAGGUCGAAAAUCUUCUUCUCAUCUUUUAGAAAAUAAAAGCGCCAUGAGCCCCAGGCUAAGCAUGGAAAAGACACUAGGAAAGUCAAGUUCACAAUCACCUUUUGCCUCGGAGUGGCAUUCUUCAAGUGUAUUUUCUGAAGGCUUGGUAAGUGAUACGGUUCCUUCACAAGCAGAUGACUUGUUACCCAUGACUUUUGAUGAUUCAGAUGGCCCAAGCUCAGAAAGUGAAGAGCAGCUGGAUAAGCCUAAGCUUGUUGGGAGUACAAAUACUAGCUCUUUCCCUCAGAGUCCUCAUUCAGUAGGAUCUUCGCUUGCAGUAAAGGAAAAUGUGGAAUCCAACAGAAAGACGUUUCCACAGCCAUCUGCAUUUGAUUCUGAUGUAGGAAUACAUUCUGUGAGAAACCAAGAUGCUGAAACUCUUAUGAAGUUGAGUCAUGGUUACCAAUCAAAUUCCCAUGACAAUGACAGUUUGCAAGCUCCAGGGUUUUUACCGGUCAGGAAUGACGUCCAAGGAUACCUAUCACUGGAUAUCUCAGAGGAAGCCAAACCUAUAAAAGAAUCAAGCUCAGAAAGUGGUAAUGAGUUGAAUUUUGGACUAUUGACUGGUGGUCUUCGAAAUAAGGGCUAUAGGCAUCCGCCUUAUCGUAAGAAUGCAUCAGGCAAGUUUGCAGCAUCCAAGCAAGCAGAGGAGGGUAAUUCUACUAGCAAGCGGUCCUCUUCUUUCAGUUCUGAUGCUCAUGAUCAAGAGCCACAAAAUCAGAUCGUGGAACCAAAAGUAAGUAAAAAAUCAAGCUUAGGAAUCUCAGUUCCAUAUUCUGAUGCUGGCAGGGAUGAUUCAGAUGAGGAACUCGCACAACAGACUAUUUCCAGUGCUCAAGUGCCAAACAUUCGAGAAGCAGGCACUGAUGUGAAUAAAAGAUCAGGCUUAAAGAGUUAUUUUGAUUCGGAUAACAGCAAUUUUGAGGACGAUCUCCCUAAACAGACUGUAACCAGCAAAAUUCAUUCAGGUCCUGGGUUUUCUAGACGGACAAAAGCCUUUCCUUCAAAUUCUGAGAAAAAUUCUUAUUCAAAUUCGAGGAUACCGUCUGAGUCAUCAAGGGCUGCAGAGUAUGCCGUGGAACAAAAGCCAACAUCAUUCAGUUCCUAUGAUACUGAAAUUCUGGUCAAACCACCUCAAACUAGGAGCUCAAAUUAUUGGGGAAGUUCUGAGCAGCAGGUUAGAUCAGAAGAACAACCUCCUUCUAAGCUGAAUUCACAAUCCAAGAGGUCCACAUAUGAGGAAUCAUCUUCUAGGCGUUCAUAUAGUACUGAUAAUCAACAAAACCAUUCUUCUCAGUUCAAAAGUUCAGAUUACCGAGGAACUUCUGAGCAGCGUAGACCAGCAGAACCUUCAAAGUCAAUUCCAGAAUCCAAGAGGUUUUCACGCGAGGAAAGUAUGAAGUCAUCAUCCAGGGAGCAACCAUCCAAUCCUCCUUCUAGAACAGCAUCAUCAAGCGGUGCUGAAAGCGCAAAGUCAUCCAGUUCUCAUGGUAAUGCUCCAUCCAGGGAAAACUCCAUUAAUAAAGCCAGCCAUGUGCAUCCAAAACUUCCCGACUAUGAUACUUUAACUGCACAUCUAUUGUCUCUCCGACAGAAUCGCCAAUAAAUGCAGUUCCUUCAGAAGAUACCUAGGUAGUUUUAUUCUAGUUUCAUAUUCUUUUGCAUUGUCGUUACAGGGUUCUUAAGAGUGGGAUGAAAUUUAUUGGUUCCAUAGUAUAUAGAUUCAGUUACAUAUUUUUCAUUUCUUGCGUUGGUGUCGUGGCUGGUUAUAGGGAUGUAAUAUUAAUUCGGCAUCUCAUUCGUGAGAGUUAGUCAGCUUAUACUUUUUGAUGUAUUUUAGCAUUUACUAUCACGGAGAUGAGGAUUUUUGUAUAUGAAGUUGCUGUAAUGAGAUAAUAAUUCUUGAUUGUAGAUGAAAUUUGUUCACUUGGCA